AUGGUCAUCUUGGACAGGCUGAAGACCUUCUGCAGUGGAACAGAAGAUCCCGAGGUUUCUGCAGCUCUGACGUCCAACAUCAAGACCUUCACAAAGCAAACCUUUGAAGAACUUGCAAAUGCCUCUUCAGCACUGACCAGAGAUCAGAUCCUGUCAGUGUCCUCCUCAGUUCUGGUGUCCUCCUUGUCAACCCUGGGCUCUGUGAAAAACUGGGGCCAGGACCAGACCACCACCAUUAUCCAGUCCAUCACCUCCUCAGGCUUCCAGAUCAACAGUGCAGCAUCUCUGGAGUCCCUGGGAACUCUUGUUGUUGGACUUCGCUCAGAGACGAUACAGAUGAUCUCAUCUUCUGAAGUCCUCAGUGCCUCCAGGAACCCCAACCUAGUUUCUAACAUGCUGGAAGCCCCAAAGGUUGUCCAGCAGACAUUUGUCACAAAGAUCAUUUCUGUGGACACAAAUCCGGCUAAAGUGGUGCAGAAUGUCCCUGAUGUCUUAGCAAGUGAGAUCCCACCUUCACUGCUGGUGUUUUCUGAGAGGACAGCAAACAUCAACGUGAUAAACAGAAAGACGUGGACACCAGACCAGUCCGCCAUGUUUAUUGGGACUUUGGCUGAAAUCAACGUUGACAUUGAGCAGUUUUCACCGUCUGUGCUGCAAGGCUUCAGUUGUUCCUCUGUUCAGAAAAUGUCAAAAACCACAAUCAAGCAGAUGAUCCGUGCCUGUCGACAGAGGAAAGGCAGGGCUAAGGUGGAGCUGAAGGAACCACAGCUGACCUGCAUGUACAACCUGCUCCGUGACGACCUCUCUCUGAACUUCACAGAUUAUCCUUCAGACAUGCUUCUCUACUUGAACAUUCAGGAUGUCCAGAAAGGAAACUGCAGGUCCUACUUUUCUGCACUGGGUGCUGCAGACUUCACUGUAGCCUCUGGUAUCUUGAACAAGGGCCCAAAGAAGUUCAGUGAAGCCAAGAACUGCUUGGGGAUCAGUGGCCCCCGCCUCAGCAGAGACAACGUGGAGGUCCUGGGGAACAUGGCCUGCAGCCUGGAAAGAUCCGACAUCGAGAACUCAGAUCCUCUCAUCCUGGAAAACCUCAAGGCCUGCAAAGAUCUCUCUGACGGCCAAGUGGCUGCUGUGGAAACACUGCUGCUAUCUGGGAAGACAAAAUACGGAGCUGUAACCACUUGGGACCUGCAAACACUGGAGGACCUCAAGAUACUUCCCCUCUACUUUACAAGAAACAUCUGGGACCACCUUACAGCUCCAAUAAAGAGGAAGUUCCUGAGAGGUUUUCUGCCAAACUUGAGGAAACAAAAACCAGAGAAGAACAAGCUGAAAAACCUGUUCAAAAAGAUCAGCCCCACUUUGCUAAAACAGGGAGAAGGAUGCACUGAGGGCAACAUCACCCAUACGACCAUUAGCGACCCAUCUUUUCCUUUUGGCUUCGACGUUACCCAGUUUGACCUCUGCCUGGAUGUUUCUGUUCUGAAAGACAACCUCAACGCUCUCUGCCAGAAAGUGGAUGAUGACGACUUCCAGAAAAUUAUUCUGAAGAAGCUCAACCAGGCCUUCCCCACUGGAGUUCCUGACCAGGAAGUACAGAUGCUUGCCUCCGUAUCUCGCGCAGCAACACUUGAUGACAUCUCUAGAUGGAGCAUCACUAGCCUGGACACCUUGGCAGCUCUCAUGGACCCUGAAAAUGGACCCUGGGAAAAGCCAAAGAGCAAAGAAAUCAUCACCAAGUACCUGAACACCUCUGGAAAUUCCCUGGGCAGCAGGGAGCUGAACUUUAUUGACUCCAACCUUUGCUCAUUGGACACCAGCAUGUUGCAGAACAUCACAUCAGACAGUAUUGGAAACGCCAAGCUUCUUAAUGUGGCAUCGUGUUCAGCUGAGCAGAAGAGAGUCCUCUAUGAGAUCAGCAACAGCUCCUUCAGCAUCCAUCGGGAUAAUCCUGUUAUCUUUUACAACCUGGUUAAAGGCUAUCUCGGCGGAGCGCCUCGAGCGGACAUUGUCACGUUAUCAACACAGAACAUCAGCAUGGAUGUGGAGACGUUCACAAAUCUAGAUAUCAAUGUCAUAACUGUAAGUAUGAAUGGAGAUAGAUAGAAGCAUUUAUUGUUG